UCUGGGACAAAGGCCGCAUUGGAGGCCCCAGAAAAGCCAACCACGCGGCCGUGACACUUAGCCUUGGCCGUGACAAUUGAAUCCGGAAACUCGUCCGAAAUUCCCUUGAAACCCUGAAUUUCGACAGGAGUCGAGAAAAAGCCAGUCAGCCUUACGAGUCCCAUGUUCGCUCCCACACCGAUCCAAGAUAUUCGCCACCACCCCCACCCCACGGAAAUGCGCCACCUCUUCAGCUCAGGUACAACAUAAGUAGCAGCCCAAUAACACCCAAGACACCCAAUGCACCCCUCUUUUCCCGAUACAGUAAAUUUUAUGAUCUUCCCCUCACGCCCGCAUCCUCGCGAACGAGUCCUGCUCCUCCCCCAUCCACCACCCUGGCGCCCUGGCUUACUCCUGACAAAGUGCAAUUGCUCCACGCCUCGACACAUUUCCCGUGGGGGUUAUCCCACACCGGCCGAUCAUCUCCCACAAACGCCACACCUCCGCCCUUUCCAGGCUCCAAGGCAGUUUUCUCCUCACCGGUGGCCCGAAUCAAAGACGGACUUGGUAUUUCGUGCAGAGAAACUUACAAAGAAGCAAAGACAACGGCGGCCCUGUCUCAAGGGGAAGUCUCCCGCGAUCCGGUAUCCAGUCACCGGUGCAGGUUCAGCUCGUUUGAUCCUUUUGACCCGGGAAAUUAAAGUGGGAUACCAGGAUUCGAGACCGGGGCAGGGGGCCUCGACGAGGCGUGCUGGCCGGGCGGGGGAUGGGUGUAUGCACGUCAAUAUUCCCACGUGGGAAUGCCAUGUGGGCAGAUCCUUGAGUCUUGAGAGAUGUGAUGAGAUUGCGGACAGGCAGUUGGCCGUUUUGGAGCUUCUUGCUCCGAGCCGUCGCGGAGACUUUCCUGGGCUGAAACGGCGCAGUUGUUGGCUGAGUGGCUCUGAUGAACCCGGCCUGAGUGGGCAUGCUGUCAAGCUCAAUAGCAUUGAGAUGAUCAGAUUGCUUUUCCCCCCUUAACGUUCGUAUCGCGGACUGCGGUUUCUUGUAUUUAUUGUUGCCGGGUCUUGUUGCCAUAUGAUCUUGCUGCUUUUUGCAUGGAUGGUAUCUUUCGCGUGAUUUACCUAAAACAUAGACGCACACGAAUCCCUUCAGCC